GUUUCCGAUCCCUUGCCUGGCCCCUGCUGUCCCUACCCUGCUAAACCCUGCUGUACCCUGCUAGGAGAUAAAAAGAAGGUGUGAAUGAGAGAAUGAAGAGAGAAAAGAGUUGAAGACCAGAAAAGAAGAAUGAAGCUAUGCCGCAGUCCCUCGCGCGCAAAAAAGGUAAACAAACCCUCAGUAGUGAACAUGGCAUCGAGGGGGAAGGUCGCGCCGGAGGAUCGCUGCGUGGAGGACCUGAAGGCGGAGAGGUCAAGGUGCUCCUUCAACAAGGCGGAGGUCACGAGGCUCCUGGACGGCGGGGAGGAGAAGACCAGCCAGAGGAGGAGGAUAGAGGAAGUGUUUCUCUCUGACCCCGAGUUCCUGGACCCCAUUCGCCCGGAGUAUCUGAGCCAUGAGGACCGGUACGCCAACGAGCUGCGGAAAGCCUGUUAUAUGAUACAGAAGUUCAACACGGACGAGGAGAUUCAGCAGCUGGUGGGGCAGAUGGAGGGGAUCAGGACGCUCAUGGGGUCGGGUCUUGGCGUGGCACUGACGAAGGAUGGCAACCCCCUGGCACUCCACUUUGUUAUGUUCAUGCCAGCCAUCAUGGGGCAGGGCACGGUGGAGCAGCAGGGCCUGUGGAUGGGGCGAGCGUGGAGUGGGGAGAUUGUGGGGACAUAUGCACAGACCGAGCUUGGCCAUGGGACGUUCCUGCGCGGCCUUGAGACAACUGCCACCUACGACCCCAAGACCCAGGAGUUUGUGUUGCACUCUCCCACCGUCACGUCAACCAAGUGGUGGCCUGGCGGAUUGGGCAAGACGGCCAACUACGCGGUGGUGAUGGCCCAGCUGUACACGCAGGGCCGGUGCCACGGGCCACACCCCUUCAUCGUGCAGCUCAGGGACGAGGACACGCACCGCUCCCUGCCCGGCGUGAUCCUGGGUGAGAUUGGUCCUCGUCUGGGCAUGAACACCAAUGAUAAUGGGUUCCUUCGCUUCACACACCACCGCAUCCCACGCACGCACCUCCUCAUGAAGCACUCACAGGUCCUGGAGGACGGCACAUACAUCAAACCCGCCAACGACAAGCUCGCCUACGGUACCAUGGUGUUUGUGCGGGUUGCCAUCUGUUUUGACGCGUACCGACAGCUGCAGCGCGCCACCACCAUCGCCACACGCUACUCCGCCAUUCGCCGUCAGUCUGAGCUUGUCCCUGGGGAGCCCGAGCCACAGAUCUUGGAGUACCAGACGCAGCAGUACAAGCUCCUCCCACUCAUCGCCACAGUUUUCGGCAUCCACUUCUCCGCCCAGAGCCUGUGGGACACCUACAAUGAGGUCACCGGCAGCAUCAACAACGGCAACCUUGACCUGCUGCCUGAGCUUCACGCUCUGUCCUGCGGCCUCAAAGCGCUGAGUUCCAACGACGCAGCGUUCGGCGUUGACACAUGCCGCCUGGCGUGUGGUGGGCAUGGCUACCUCUCUUCCUCCAACCUCCCGCGCAUCUACACCACCACCACCGCCGCCAUCACCUACGAGGGCGAGAACACCGUCAUGUGGCUGCAGGUGGCAAGGUACCUCAUCAAGUCGUACCGGGAGGCUCGUCAGGGGCAGCCUCUCCACCGCUCCGUGUCCUACCUCACCGCCCAGCCUGCCUCCGCCACCUCACCCAAGCCUGAUCUUACCAACUCGGCGCUGGUCGAGGCAUACCGUCGCGCCGUGUCCUACCUGGUGGUGGAGGCUGCGGCGAGGCUCCAGAAGCAGUGUGACAUGGGCCGCCAGUUUGAGCAUGCUUGGAACACCUGCUCGGUCCAGCUGGCAAGGUGUGCGCAGGUCCACAUCCGUUACUUCACCUGCGAGAAGUUCCUGGACGGCGUGGAGAGGGCGGAGGUGGGUGAGGCGACGCGCGGAGUGCUACUCAGGCUGUGUCGACUCUACCUGGUCUUCCACAUCCUCAAUAACCAGGGCGACUUCCUCAGGAGUAGCGCCCUCACUCCCCUGGACAUGAGCACACUGGAGGGGGAGCUGUCCGCCCUGCUCGCUGCACUACGCCCUGAUGCUGUCUCGCUGGUGGACUCCUUCGACAUUCACGACCGCAUCCUGGAUUCAACGCUCGGCUGCUGGGAUGGCAAUGUCUACAACAGGAUGUUCGAGGAGGCUAAGAAGUCCCCAAUGAACCAGAAGGACGUGCCUGAUGCCUACUACAAAUACCUGCAGCCACUCCUCAAAUCCAACCUCUAAACCACCACUACUGCCUCUGCCUAUCCUGGACCAGGUUGGAGGGCUGUAAGGUAGGUCAGUAGGUCAGGGGUGGUUGGUAGUACUGUAGGGUGUAUUGUUGCCAAGUUGAGAUGUUUGUAGGAAGGGAGAAUGGGAUGAGAGAAAGAUGAGAAAAUAUGAGUGAGUGAGACUUAUUUUACGAGCGUUUUUUUUCUUUUAAUCUUUUUUUAGGCAAUUCAAGUGGUUGGUUUGUACUGUAAAGUGUAGUGUUGCCUAGUAGAGAUGUUUGAAGAUCAGAUGGUAGUGGAAGAGUAAUUAUGAGGGAUGGUUUCUGUUAUCAAUGCAGUAUAAUUUUUUUCGCCUGAGCUGUUUUGUGGUUGCGUUGGAGGGUUAACAAAUAAGUGUUCUGUCGUGCAAAUGCUCUUCGAUAUGUGAGGCGUCUGAGGAAAGGCAUGAGGGAUGAAGUACAUUUUGUAGUUUGCACUGGGAAAGCAAAGGUUACCUGUGUCCCAGGAGGAACAAAAUAUAAGCUGCAAAAGAAAAGCAACCCUUGGUACAUCAAAGACAAGGUUGCUAUUUUCCUGCAGCUAACUUGUUUCUUGUUCUUCCUAGGAUCCAUAACUUGGCCUGCCUUCCCAGAGCAAACUAGAAAAAAAUGGCUUUGACCCAGGGAUGGAGUAUUCAUAUUUGAAUACAUUCAAAUAUUGUAUUUGGGUAUAUUCAUAUUCAUAUAAUCAUUGAUAGAUGUCAGAGUGUUCUCAUUCGUAUUCGAAUACAAGGGAAAAGUAUUCGUAUUCUGAGAAUAAUCUGACGAAUACUUCAAAAUUUAUUAUCAGCAAUACCAGCCGUUGUUCUUUACAACUCCAGCCUCCUGGGUGGACAUGUAGCGGUCGUGUACAGCACAGGUUCGCAGACUGUGAAAGCGCAGUGUAUAAAGUCUGACUCAGUUGCCCCUUGCCAGUGUGGACGGUGCGUGUGCUCAUGUCACUGUUGCACAACUUUAGAACAUUGCUGUGCCCAGUUACGUCAAGAUGGUAUUUUUUCAAUGAAAAGUAUUCAUGAAUAUCCAUGAAUACAUUCAAGAAGUAUAUAUUUGUAUUUAAAUUAAAACCAUUUCAUUGUAUUCAAAUUUAUAUUCGUAUUCGAUGGAAUUUGAAGUAUUUGUAUUUGUAUGAGAAUACACAGCUCUUGUAUUCACUCCUUCCCUGCUUUGUCCCUUGUGCCUCUUCUCCAGACGCCUCACACUGUGUGGUGGGGCCAAGUGUGUGAGUGUGAGGGAGACCGACACAUUUCUCCGAUGGUGCUAGAGGAAUAAACGGUGUAUUAAAUGUGUAUAUAGAGGUUUAUAUAUAGAGAAGUGAGAGGGAAUCAAAAACCUGUAAACAUACGUAUAUGUAAAUAUACUGAUGAUGUAUUUGAAUUUUGGCAUCCAGGAGAAGGGGACGGGAUGCAGCCAGUUUUCUAUAAGUUUGCACCGGGAAAGGCAGGGCAGGGCAAGGCAAGGCUACACAUUAUAGGAAGAACAACAAAUUAGGUACAAGGGAAUAGCAGCUUUGUAUUUGGUGUAUGGAGGGUCAUUUUUACCUUGCACCUUUUAUCUUGUUUUGGGAUGUGUAAAAAUUAGCUCUGUCCUUUCCGCCCCUUCUCCGGACACCUCAUAUGUGAAGUAUCAUAUGUAAACAGUAGCUGGUGUAGUGGUGUGUAGUGUUUGAAGUGUAAGUGGACUGUAGUGUGUAGCUGAAAAGUCUAUUCUUGUAUAUUGUAAGUGUGUCUGUUGGAUAUGGAAGGCAAAACACUUCUUGAGAUGCAUGUUGUACCCAAGUAAAUGCCUCUGAAUGAAG